GCCUAGAGCCAGGCGGCUGGUCGGUGUGCGACGAGGCUCCGGGGAUCUGGGACUUCCCGGGAGGGGCGCGCGCUCCUCCCCACCGCCCGGGCCAGGUACCCGCCGGACCGGGCUCUGUGGACCAGGUGCUGACUGGUGGCCCCAGGCCUCUGUCCCCUGCACGGCCUGAGGCCCUGCCAUGGCCCAGCAGAGAGCCCUGCCGCAGAGCAAGGAGACGCUGCUGCAGUCUUACAACAAGCGCCUCAAGGACGACAUCAAGUCCAUCAUGGACAACUUCACCGAGAUCAUCAAGACCGCCAAGAUUGAGGACGAGACGCAGGUGUCGAGGGCCACGCAGGGCGAGCAGGACAAUUACGAGAUGCACGUGCGAGCCGCCAACAUCGUCCGAGCUGGCGAAUCCCUGAUGAAGCUGGUGUCCGACCUCAAGCAGUUCCUCAUCCUCAACGACUUCCCGUCGGUGAACGAGGCCAUCGACCAGCGCAACCAGCAGCUGCGGGCGCUGCAGGAGGAGUGCGACCGGAAGCUCAUCACCCUGCGGGAUGAGAUCUCCAUCGACCUGUACGAGCUGGAGGAGGAGUAUUACUCAUCCAGCUCAAGUCUUUGCGAAGCUAAUGAUCUGCCUCUGUGCGAAGCUUACUGGAGGCUGGACCUCGACACAGACUCCACUGAUGGCCUCUCGGCCCCUCUGCUGGCAUCCCCGGAGCCCAGCGCUGGCCCCCUGCAGGCUGCAGCCCCUGCCCACUCCCACGCUGGCGGCCCCGGCCCCACAGAGCACGCCUGAGCUUCCCAGGGUUCCCUCCCCGGGCCCCAAGGCUCUUAGGAAUGAAAUCUGGUGCUCCCCUCUGGGCUGCCACAGCUUCACCCCUUUCAGCCUUUCCUCCCACCUGGGGAGCCGCCAUGACCUCCUUGAGUACCUCGUCAGCCCAGGGACAGCCCACCCAGGAGUGCUGGGGAAAAAUAGUUCCCCCAGGCAAUUGCGGGGUGGCCCGGCCUACCCCCGAGUUGUCACCUCCAUUCACUGCCUUCCUGGUCAGCUGGGCAGAGGAAGUUUCCAGGAGUUUGUCCUGUUGAGGACCUACCUGUGGGGCAGAUGCUGGAUGUCAAGAGACCUGACCUGAGCCCGCCGUUUAAAAUACCGGGGGUGGGGGGGAGAAGGGGGCUGUUCAGAGUGGACAGUGCUGGCCAAGGCCAGACUCUCACCCUCAGGCCAGGCCUCCUGUGCAGAGCCGCCCCUCGACCUCCUCUGAGGGUCCCUGUACUAGCUGAGUGCUCUGCAGGGCCGGGGCGGGGGCGUGGGGGGGCUGCCUGUUCACGCAGAAGCCAGGCAGGGGACCUUCCUAAUUCUGCGGUCAUAUGUAUUCUCGUUAUUUCUGUAAUGAGACUGUUGAAUAAAACCACCCUUUUGCAUUGGUUGGUUCCUC